GCGGGAAUGCGAGUCACAGCUGUGUCGAUAGUGCCUCCUGCAGCGUGGCUUCUUGCGAUGCAGCUGAGUUGCUUGCUUCUUUACCUAAACCGAGUUCCGAUUAUCUGACCUUUCCUAUAGCACAUCUGCUCGGCGUCCUUGCCAGAAUUGAGUUUCGUUGAAACGUAGGGAUCGUGUAGAAUCCACGAGCGACGUGUCGCGAAGAAGGACGCGUACGCGACCAGGUGCUAUUUUGAUUGACUCGACUCGACCGCAAUAUACUUGGAUUACAGAAAACACCCCGUUGAACGCAAAUUCGAUUCUCGACCUCCCUAAGGUUGCAUCAAUAGCAACACCUGGCAGCGUCUCGAUUAGGAUCGCGUAGUGACUUUGAGGCGACUCAAAGUUCAGGCAGGCAAAGAACAGGCUAGGCAGGCACGCGCCAGGCCAAGCAGGCAAAGAACUCGAGGGGGUUUCGGAGUCGACUCGUAUACCGAACUCAAGCUAUUCACUGAGCUCCCGAAAGCCUGAGAGCGGGUUUGGAACGACUAAGUAGAGUUGAUGUUGCGGCAGUGCAAGUAGCACCAGGAAUUCUUUCGUCUUACUUAUUGGGAUCUUUAUCGAGAGCUCUAGACAGGCUGUAAGGCGGGCUAAGACGUUUAAUGAUGGAGCCAAGGCUUGGCUGACUUCACUGACAAACCUCGCACCAGCCUCUAUUCAGAGACUAUCCAGCCCGUUCCUUAGUACGGACGUUUAGCGGUUCUGACCGCGUGAUAAAGUCUACUGGUUGUGAGACGCCUGAGAACUAAUAGCCUAUCCAGAUACUAUCCAGCCCCUCCCCUAGUUCCUAGUGCGGACGUUUAGCGGUUCUGACCACCGGUCGGCGAUCAUGCGUCCGAUAAGAUCAAGUCAAUCUGGCGGAUUCUCAUGGCUGCUGGCUGUCGCCGUGACGGCCGCGAUUUUCGUUUGCUUGGGGGAUGUGCCCGCGUUGUGCUCUGCGGUCGAUUUGCAACCAGCCCGAAGGCCCAACACGAAGCAGUACAUUGUGCAUCUGGCAUCCGUGCCGUCGGUGCUGUCGUACCGGGGGGGAGUCAACGGGCUGCGGGCCACGGCGACUGUAGGCGAUGACGAGGACGAGUAUGACGAGGAUGAGGAUGAUGGGGAGGGAGAUGGGCAGGAUGGUGGCAGUGGUGGCAGUGGUGGUAGUGAUGGCGAUGGUGGAAAUGGUGGCAAUAGCACUGCCCCAGGGUCAGCUGCAGCACCAGCGCCAGCACCAGCAGCAGCAGGAGCCGGAGUAGGAGCCGGAGCAGGAGCAGGUGAUGAUUCGUUUGACGCGGAUAUUCAGACUGCGGCUGCUGCUGCUGCAGAAGCGGCUGCUGAGGUCGCAGGAGCUGUAGGAAAUUCAGGAGCAGCAGCAGGGGUAGCAGGGUUGGCAGCAACAGCAGCAGCAGCGGCAGCAGCAGCAGGGGGAGGGAGAGGAGUGGGAGCGAGAGGAGGAGUGAGGAUCAAUGCGCUGUAUUUCAGAAAGGCUGGGAUAGAUGCCCUGGUGGGGAGGGUGGGUCAACGGCUGACCAGGUUCAGGAGCAGGUCAGCUGGCUUGGGCCGGAGAUUGCUGGCCCGCGUUGCUGCUGCUGCAGUGGCCGCUGCAGCUGAAGAAGCAGCAGAAGCAGCAGGAGCAAGUGCUAGUGCUGGUGAUGAUGCUGAUGCUGAGGCUGACGCUUCGGAUUACCCUCCCUCCAAUGCGUCUUACCCCGCUGCUGUUGCUGCUGGCGCCAGCGCCGUACAUAGCAUGACACGUGGCCAGAUAGCUGCCACCUCAGCAUCCACGUCAGCAGUGACAGGAGCCACGUCACCCACGCUGACGGUGCAGCAGCUGAGUGCGAGGGCGGCUCACAUCAUGCGCACCACUCCUUGGGGCCGACUCAUGCGGCCUGACGUGCGGUUACCGCACGUGCAGGCCUUCACGCGCUUCCUGGAAACUUCCCACCGCAGCCUGCUGCGAUCGCUCAAGAUCCCAACCUCCGCCAUUUUCCACAGCUACUCGUACCUGCUCAACAGCUUUGCAGCGCAGCUCACCCCUGCUGAAGCCAGGCGGCUGAAGUUGCACCCAGCGGUGGCGGAUGUGGAGCCGGACAGGACAGUCCGAGUGUCCACUGUGCACUCGCCCGAGUUCCUCAAGCUCGACACGAGCCUGUGGCCCGCGGCUGGCGGGCAGAGUGCCGCCGGGGAGGGCAUUAUUGUCGGGGUGAUUGACUCGGGGAUCUGGCCCGAACAUCCGUCCUUCUCCGACCCUGACGCCAAUGGCGCGGCCUACUCCGCUGUCCCCGCGCGCUGGAGGGGCACGUGCACCAAGACGGCUGACUACACGGCAUGCAACGGCAAGGUGAUCGGGGCUCGGUACUUUGUGAAGGGCGCGGAGCGGACGUUUGGGAGCCUGGACGAGAGCGAGGAGUACCGGUCGGCGAGGGAUAAAGUGCAGCACGGCACGUGGUGUGCGGGAGCUGCUGCUGGCAAUGCGGGGGUCACAGUUACCACGGGCGGCCGGUCCUACGGCACAGCAUCGGGCAUGGCGCCGCGCGCCAGGCUGGCAGUGUACAAGGCGCUGUGGACCAUCGGGGGGUAUGAGGGCACGGGGGCUUCGUCCGACCUGAUAAAAGCGGCUGAGAAGGCCGUGUCUGACGGCGUGGACGUCAUCUCGUGCUCGUUUGGCGGGCUGGCCCUGUACUUCCAGGACUUGCCAUACCUGCGAGGGCUCAAGGCAGGGGUGGUCACGGCCUUUGCAGCGGGCAACGAGGGCAAGCCCAACCCCAGCAGCAUCUGGGGCACCAUUUCGAACGUCUCGCCCUUCUACCUCACAGUGGGCGCAAGCACCAUGGGGCGCGAAUUCAAGGCGGUGUUGACCCUGGGGGAUGCAACCACGUUCACGGGGCGCAGUUUGGGCGGCACGGCUGCCACGGCGUCGGCUCUGCCCCUCGUCUUGGCCGAGUCUGCCUUGCUUUCCGGAGGAGACAGCGCCAAGGCCCAGCAGUGCUACAGCGGGCACAUCGACAAGACCAUGGUGGCGGGCAAAUUCCUCGUGUGCACCGUCGUAAAGCGCAAGAUGGGGCUGCUGAUUGCAGAUGCGGACUUGCUAGGGGCGGCUGCUAUACUCGUUAUAAGCGGGAGGCCCAAGUCUGACCUGCAGUACCGUAUGCCCUUCUCCAAGACCCCCAGCGUCUUCAUCACAUACUCGCCUGGUCGGACCAUCAAGAGCUACAUCGGGGCUGAAGCCAGCCCCACAGCCACCCUGGCUGACUACACCACCACCUACUCCACCAACGCCCCCAAGGUCGCCUUCUUCUCCUCCACCGGCCCGCCACGCAGCGCGCGCUACCCGCCCGCGCUGCUGUUCCGCGACUUUCCCACCAACGACAUCCUUAAACCCGACGUCAUGGGCCCGGGCUUCCUCCUCUGGGCGGCCGCGCCCGGCAAAUCCGUCGUGACGGCUGCGACCGACGCGCCGGAGUUUAAUUAUUGGUCGGGAACGUCUAUGUCGACCCCGCACUUGGCUGGGAUCAUGGCGCUGGUUCUGCAGGAAAAGCCGAACUGGUCGCCCGCGCAGGUGAUUUCCGCAAUCACGACGACGGCCUACACGAAGAAUGGAAAUGGGCAGCCCAUUCAGCGGGCAGAUGGGACGAACGCGAACGCGUGGGACUAUGGAGGCGGGCAGGUGGAUCCCACGCGCGUGCUCGACCCCGGGCUCACAUGUCACGCGGGGCAGAAGCAGUACAUCAAUUUUCUUAUGGGGAGGGACCCGCUAAGAGCCAAAAAGCGUUUCUGGCGGCUCGGAAAGGCUCGGCCGAUUUUCCCCUGGGCGGUCAACCGGCCCUCGAUUGCGGUAACCCGGUUACACGGCGUUGCGGUAGUGUACCGGCGCAUGAAAAACGUCUACAGUUUACCGUCUAUUUAUCAGGCGAAAGUGAAACCUCCCCCGGGGUAUUCGGUGAGGGUUUCCCCGAAGAAGUUCCUCAUCCUGCCCGGAAAAUCCAAGUUGAUUAGGGUUACUAUCAUUAGGUUUCUCCCUUUGGAGGCGUUUAGGUUUGGAAGUAUCACCUGGACAGAUCAGUACGGGCACAAAGUUCCCAUGCCAUUGGUGGUAAGGUCUCCUGUUUUGCCUUGAGAGAUUCUACAGUGUAAUCCCUCCCAUUGAUUGACAUUGUACACC